AUGGAUCUCAUCGCCGCCUGCGAGAACUUCGGCCAGGUCAAUAAUACAGAAAAGACGGUGGCCAUGCAUAAACCGCCGUCUGACGUUGCCUACGUCGCACCCCAAAUCAACGUGAACGGCGCCCAGCCGCAAGUUGUGGACAACUUCAUCCACCUAGUCAGCACCCUCUCCCGCGCCACCAAGAUCAGUGAUGAAGUAGCCCGUCGGAUCUCCGAAGUCAGCCAAGCCUUCGGCCGUCUGCAAAGCACAGGUUGGAGUCGCCACGGUCUCCACAUCAACACCAAACGGAAGAUGUACAAUGCGGUCGUCUUGCCGACGCUGCUGUAUAGAGCGGUGACCUGGACGGUGUACAAGAAGCAGACACAUAGCCUUUCUCGUUUCCACCUCACUUGUCUUCGCCGGGUAUUGAAGUUGAGGUGGCAGGACCGGAUCCUGGACACGGAUGUACUAGAGCGGACAGAAAUCCUCAACAUCUGCGCCAUGCUGAGACAACUGAAACUGCGCGGGGCGGCCACCUCGUGCGGAUGGACGACGAGCGGCUACCUAAACGGUUCUUCAAUAGAAAUGUCACCAUGGGUUCCUGCCGACAAGGAAGUAAAGUUCGGCACUAAAAGGAUACUCUGUAAAUCUGCCUAA